AUGACACUUAUCAAAGCGGAAGAGAACCCAGAAACAAGAUUGAAGAGCUCAGUUAGCACUGACUCAACCAUUUUUUUUGGAAAUUCCAAAGCACGCGAGCCUGAUAGUCCGAAGCGAAUAUGUGGUGCCAAAGAUAGCCGCCCAGCUUUGGUGAAUAAAUCCUUGAACGUUGCUAGUCCCAAAAAGGACAGUACAAUAAAUCUGAAGAAACCAAAACCUGAGGACUCCUUAUUAAGUGCGGUUAAUGGAUUAUCAUCACCUGCCCGCCAACGUAACUUGGAAAUGUGUAUUCCAAGUGCUCCCAGGAUCAAGUCCGAGUUCGAAGCGACAAAGAUGGUUUUACAAGAAACUAUUGGAAGUCCUAAGGGUAAACUUAUAAAGAGCAGUUCAAAUAUUAACUUCUCUCGCAGCAGUCCUGUUGCAAGUGGCCCUGGUAUAAAUAGUCUCCCCAGCAGCAUCAAGAAGAAAAAGUUGAAGUCGACGACUGACAAGUUUAAAAAAAUUAGCUCAACGGAGCUGUUUGGCAAUUUAGAUAAAGGCAUACUUCCAUUCACAAAUUAUCAGCAUGCGUUAGACGCUCCUGGGGAGUAUUUUCCGAUAACUCGGUUUCUCUAUGAGCUACAUACUUCGGAUGAAGAUAGUCAGAAGAAAAAUGAUCUAUUUGCUGAUAUCGAACAAGAUAAAGAAAGGAAAUUUUGCCAAAAGACGUCACAAUACUCGCUCUCAAAAUGGAUCGAGGAAGGGCAAAACCUGAUGAACAGGCAAACAAAUCUCAUUGGAGAACUAGUUCGUGAAAGGAUCGAGUUAAGCCAUAAGUUCCGAGUAAUAACCACAAUUAUCAACCAAAGAGCUGAAGCUUUAAACGGCCGGGGAGAUAUACUAGAUGAGAAGUUGAACAAGAUUAAAAGUUUGGGAAAAGAAAUUUUGAAUAUAAUUUAA